CAACUGAGACGCCCACCACUACAUGCAGCCAAUAAGAAACAACAACAACUACGUGCGUGAAAAUUAGUUAAGUUUUUAUGAAAAAAACUUAGUUAAGUGACUUUUAGAGGGCCACUGAGCUAUCCAUAUGCUGCGGGGGAGUGCGGGGCAAAGGGCUUUUAUCAGCAGGACAGGCCAAAAAGGUCCAGAAGCGUGAAUUUUGCGAAAGUGAAAACGGGUGCUGUGUGUGUGUGUCGCAAACGGAACGGAAAACGGUGCCAAAAACGCAAGAAAAGCUGCGAAAGCGGUGCAAAGCGAACGGGACGAUAAAGCAGCAGGUGUAGCCAACCGCGUGCAUCAGAGAUAUAGCCAAGUUAUCUGUGGUUUCAGCCGAUUUGCCAGCGAAACAUUGACCAACACCCACACACGCACUCCGCUCAACUCUUGUGUACACACAUACACACAUUUAUUUUGCGUAGUGCGGCGCUUGAAAAGCAGUUUUCCAUACAUACAUCUACAUCACAUCGUCUCCACAUCCGUCAACCCACUCCACCCACACAUGUCCUACAUGAUGGCCAAAACGCUGGAGGAGCAGAGCCUGCGGGAGUGCGAGCACUACAUCCAGACCCAUGGCAUCCAGCGGGUCCUCAAGGACUGCAUCGUCCAGCUGUGCGUCUGCAGACCCGAGAACCCCGUGCAGUUCCUGCGCCAGUACUUCCAGAAACUAGAAAGGGAACAAGUCAAACUGGAUGCCAGUAGACAGGUAAUCAGCCCCGACGACUGCGAAGAUCUCAGCCCGAUGCCACAGACAGCUGCUCCACCGGUUCGCCGGCGCGGUGGAAUCUCCGCCGAGCCCGUCACCGAGGAGGAUGCCGCCAACUAUGUGAAGAAGGUGGUGCCCAAGGACUACAAGACAAUGAACGCCCUGUCCAAGGCGAUUGCCAAGAACGUCCUUUUCGCCCACUUGGAUGAGAGCGAGCGAUCCGAUAUAUUUGAUGCCAUGUUCCCCGUGAAUCACAUUGCCGGCGAGAAUAUCAUCCAGCAGGGCGAUGAGGGCGAUAAUUUCUACGUGAUCGAUGUGGGCGAGGUCGAUGUCUUUGUCAACUCCGAACUGGUGACCACCAUCAGCGAGGGCGGCAGCUUUGGCGAACUGGCCCUCAUCUACGGCACUCCACGCGCCGCCACCGUGCGGGCCAAGACCGAUGUGAAGCUGUGGGGCAUCGACCGCGACUCCUACCGCCGCAUCCUGAUGGGUUCGACCAUCCGCAAGCGCAAGAUGUACGAGGAGUUCUUGUCGCGCGUCUCCAUUCUGGAGAGCCUGGACAAAUGGGAGCGCCUGACAGUGGCCGAUUCCCUGGAGACAUGCUCUUUCGAUGAUGGCGAGACGAUUGUCAAGCAAGGAGCCGCUGGCGAUGAUUUCUACAUAAUCCUCGAGGGAUGUGCGGUUGUUCUCCAGCAGCGUUCCGAGCAGGGCGAGGAACCCGCCGAGGUGGGCCGUCUCGGUAGCAGCGAUUACUUUGGCGAGAUUGCUCUGCUCUUGGACCGACCACGGGCGGCGACCGUCGUGGCCCGCGGGCCGCUCAAGUGCGUCAAACUGGACCGGGCGAGAUUCGAACGAGUUUUGGGACCCUGCGCCGACAUACUCAAACGCAACAUCACGCAGUAUAACAGUUUUGUGUCGUUGUCCGUUUAAGUCAGCAACAACGACAACAACCACUACAGCAAAUCAACAACAAGGAGAAAGCAGAAAGCAGAGCGGCAGCAGAACAACAACCGACAAAACAAACAAAACAACAACGCAGCGAACGUCUAAAUCAACAAUUGAAGACGAUGAGAAAUAGGUGGAUAGAAAUUGAAAAAACAACAAACGCUCAGCAGCAUAAACAAGAAACCGAAAACUAUAUAAGUGUGUAAAGUUAAUUGCCACAAAGCCAUGGAGUUCCCGAUUCUGGCCGAGAUUCAGAAUGCGUGGGUGGGGCUGAGGGCCAAAAAAAUGUUAAUUAUCUGAUUCUGUAUGUUGUGCUGAAGUUACAUAAUUGUGUAUGUGUGUGUCUCUGUGCAAAGGUUGCGGCGGCAUGUUCCCCACCCCGCAACCCCCGAUUUCGGAGAUAGUUUUCCCCAGGCUUUAAUCUAUAUAUUUCUCUAAACUUCUAUCAAGUUCUUUGGCUCCUUUUCGAAAACACAGAAGCAGAAACCUCUUUGUAUAACUUAUGGAACAUGCUGCCUCCCCCCAAAAAAAACGUUUCAUUAAAUAUCCAACAGACAUCUGAAUGUUUUUUAACACAAAAAAUAAAGAAGAUGAAUAUAUGUGUAAUAAAUAAAAUCAUACAAAAAUGGCAACACACACAGGCACAAAACACAGACACACGAACUCACACACUCUCAUACGAGGCAUGAAGUCAUGGAAAAAA